AUGGCCCCAUCCCGUACCGCGGAAUUGUUUCGCACGAUGCGCGACGCCGUCGAGCACGACGGUCCGUCCCUCGUGCGCCGUGUCAAGAGCGUCAUUAAGAUAGAGGUCGAAGGCGCCGGUGCGUGGCUCGUGGACCUCAAGACCGGCGACGGCAGCGUCAAGACAGCAGCUGCAGCAGCAGACGCGGCCGACGUGACCAUCACUCUGUCCGAAGAUACGUUUCUCAAAAUGAUGGACAACCAAUUGAACCCACAACAGGCGUUUCUGAAGAAGCUCGUGAAGGUCAAAGGCAACAUGGGACACGCCAUGAAGCUGAACGUGGUGCUGGCGGCUACGCGCAAGUACCUGAAGGAGAAGAAGAAGAGUUCGGACGAUAAAGGUCAGCCUGAAGUCGCACCUGGUGCGUCUACGACCGCUCCAGCGACGCCGACGAAGAGCCUCAACUCGAAAGAGAUCUUCCGUCUACUUGGAGACGUCGUGACGGCAAACGGAGCGGCGAUGGCAAAGAAAGUGAAGGGCGUCAUUCAGUUCGACAUUCCAGGUGCGGGCAAGUGGCAUUUGGACCUCAAGAGCGCCGUGCCAGCGCUGACGGAAGAGGUCAAGAAGGCUGACGUGGUCAUCACAGUCAGCGACGCCGACUUUGUAGCCAUUGCGAUGGGGAAACUAAAUGCGCAGCAGGCUUUCAUGAAGGGCAAGCUCAAGCUCAAGGGCAAUAUGAUGCUGGCCACCAAGCUGCCGGUCGUGUUCGACGCAGUCAAACCGUUGUCCAAGCUGUAA